AUGAUAAAACUGUGCUUAAUUCUGCCUGUUGUGGCUAUUUUGAUCGACAACCACGUGGAGGCGAGGAUUCUGACUCAAUGCGAAGCUGUGCAAGAGCUUCAAAAAGCUCAAAUCCCGAGAACCUACAUCAGCAACUGGGUCUGCUUGAUGCAGAGCGAGAGCGGAAUGAACACACGGUUGGUCACUGGUCCAAAAACAGCCUCGAGCUACAGUUUCGGAAUCUUCCAGAUCAACAGCGCGAAAUGGUGCUCCAGGGGGCACAGUGGAGGAAUAUGUAACAAACGUUGCGAAGAUUUCGCAGACGACGAUAUCAGGGACGAUAUCGAAUGCGCCAAGAAGAUUCAGGCUAUGGAGGGAUUCAAAGCGUGGGAUGGUUGGAUGAAGAAGUGCAAAAACAAGCCAUUGCCGAAUAUUGGAAACUGCAAACGACGAAAACGAUGGUUGGAAAUAUUAUGGGAUUUGGCGCAAUAAGAUUUGUUGUCGUUGUCAAUCGAGUAUUGAAUUAUCGGGUAUCGUUAUUGCGAAUACAUUAAAUAAAUUACAUUAUGAUGUAAGAUGAUUGUUCGUAUUGGUGUAUCACCAUUAUUAUAUGAUUAAUUAUAAUUUAAUAUAAUGAAAAUAUAAAGCGUUUCACAUAUCUAUUAUUUUCCCAAUUCUUAGCUUAGUUUAAAAUAUUACCGCCUCUUUACGAAAUCAAUGUUGAAUGUUUACAAUUUCACUGGUUACUCAACUCUUAUCGACUCUUCUUAAUAUCAUUUUUUUACGAUAAUAUUAAAAUAUUCAUAGCGACAACAAAGUUCGCGAAACUAACUAUCGAUAUUUGUUACAGCCCAAUGAUUACUUUCGAAGCUAAUAUUAUCUUGAAUAAUUAACCUCUCGUGUCAGUUUGAAAGACUUUAGAGGGCAAUAACUAAUCUAACAAGUCGUAUAGGCGAACAUAAAAAUAUUACAUGCCUUUUACCGAUGGAUAAUUCUGUCUUGAACGUGUUGAAAGCUACAAUUCAAAUUAAUUUCAAGUUAAUUAAACAUAUUCACCGAGGAAUAACCGGUGAAAAUAAAGAUGUAUGGAAGAACAAAAGCAUUUAUUGUCCAACGUUUCGUUCCGUUCCGUUUGAGAGGACGACAAUUAAAAAAUUACUAUUUAUCGUGCAAUUGCGAUUGCAUACAUAGUUCGAUCGAGUAUAACAUAACCAGCGAGGCAAGUCGUGUCUAUUACUUAAGACAAAUCCUCGUCACGGUGCAUACAGUAACGGGCGAUAGUGUUUCGAAGCAUCGUUCGAUCUGUCUUAUUAAAGAUCGAUAACGGAUCGGCGUCGAGGAGGAGCGAACGAAGGAGAAGAUGGAGAAACCGUGGCUGAUAUCGCUGUUCCUCGCCGUUCUGAUCGACGGCCAGGUGGUAGCCAAAAUUCUAACGGAAUGCGAAAUCGUGCAACAGCUCCAACAAGCUAGAAUCUCAAGGAGCGAUAUCAGCAGUUGGAUCUGUUUGAUGCAGAGCGAGAGUGGAUUGAACACGAAUUUGAUAACUGGCCCGAAGACGGCCUCCAGCUACAGUUACGGGAUCUUCCAAAUUAAUAGCGCCAAGUGGUGUUCCAGGGGACAUAGCGGAGGCAUUUGCAAAAAACGCUGCGAGGAUUUCGCGAAUGACGAUAUCAGAGACGAUAUCGCGUGCGCUAAGAAGAUUCAAAGUUUGGAAGGGUUCAAGGCGUGGGAUGGUUGGGUGAAGAAUUGCAAAAAAAAGCCUUUGCCAAAUAUACAGAAAUGCUCACGAUGAGAAGGAAUAAUACUUUGAUCGAAGCCAAUAAUAAGCCUUAAAAUAAGAUGGAUUUUCCAAAAACAUGGUAAAAUAAUUAAUAAUUAAACGUUGGACCUCGCUUGAAUUUUCAUAUAUCUCAUAUCAUAUAUUCAAUUUUGUUGAUUUUAAUAUACAAAAUAUAAUUUUGUUUGUUCCGGAAAUCCAUUGAUCCUCGAUAAAGUUAAAUAUGAGAUAGGAUGCUAUUUUCAAACCAACGAAUUAUUCAUUAUUUUUAUUUAAAAUUUUCUUAUUCAUUCUGCUAUUUUUAUUCAAUCCAUUUUAAGUACUGCGAUGAGAUUAUGGAAUUAUUCGAUUAAUAUUGUUAUUCUUACACGUAUCAUCACGUUAUUCAAUAUAAUUUAAAAAUAAUUUAGAAAUCAUAUUUGAAUGUUUAUAAAUGGGAAAAGAAGUACACACUAUGUAACACGAUAUAUCUAUGAUUUAUUAGACGUAUCAUUGAUAACGUCUUAGAAAUCACGUACCGAUACGUCUAUUUUUUAUUUCAUAUCAUCUAUUUCCACAUUUUCUAUGUAUGAAAAAUUACUACGUAUAAAAUAUAUAAUUUUAUGCUCGUAA